AUGGGGUCUUCUUCCUCCGUUCCUUCAUAUUCCGCCUCUUUUUCUAACUCCACCACCACCGCCACCGCCUCUCCUCCUCCGUCGCCGCCUUCAUCGCCGUCUCGCUUCAGUGGAAAAUCUAACGGAGAAGAGAGGCCUCGUUUCUUCGAUGCAAAGGCGAAGAGCAAGUGCUGGGCUAAUGCUGACAUCGUACCUGGUCGACAUCCGGAGAGGUGGCGUAAAGACGCCGCCGGGAACGUCGUCUGUAAGCGAUUCGGAAAUUGCAGCGGUUGUCUCUGCUUCGAGUACGAUCACAUUGUUCCUUACUCCAAAGGUGGAGAGUCGACGGCGGAAAAUUGCCAGAUUCUUCAAACUCGAGUAAACAGAUUGAAAUCAGCUCAAGAAAAUGUGGAUGCGUCCACACUUAAGGGAUAUUCAUGUGGCCUGCAAUUCACAGAUAAGGAGCUCGACGUCAUCGAAAUGGCGGUUUAUGGAGACGUGUUACGACCUGGAAAAGAAUGUCGCUGCAAAACCGUAGCCGAGCUGCUUGGUCAGUCCAAGUCCAAAGAUGCUAAAGCCGCGUGCGAGUUACCAUCAUAUUGA